AUGCAUUCAACGAUAUCGUUGGUUGCUCCCAAAGAAUGGAGUAUUGUUGAGACAAAGGCAUGGUUUAUAUAUCGUUUAUUAAAAAGAAAAGAGUAUGUUACAGAAAAAAUUAUACAAGAUAAAUUAUAUAAAGAAAAAGACAUGUCUGAUUAUUUGGAUAUUCAAAAGGAUUUGAAAGUAAAAAAGACAAAAUAUGAGAAGUUUAGGCCCAAUUCAAUUCCAGGUCUCCAACUCUCUGUUCACAAAACAGCCACCACCAUCCGUUGGAAUGUAGAUGAGAACAUUAAACCAUUGGCAACAUACUUGGGCUCCUUUGAAAGAUUUGAAUUUAAAUGA